AUUGUGGCAAGAGUGCAAGAUUGUGUUACUGCUUUUACUCCAGUUCACCAAACUAUACAGGCACAGAUUACAACAGAGGAACCUUAUCAAUGGGAAAUUACAAAUCAAGACCGUCUCAGACGUGCACAGACGAGUGGAAGAAGAAGGUGAGCGAGUCGUACUCUGUGAUUGUCGAGAAGUUGGAGGAUGACCUCAAGCUCAAAGACAGCGAGCUCGCUGACCUCAAACUUGCUUUCGGCUCUGAUGAGGCUUUUCAGAAAGUGAACUUGAGCUACCGAACGGAGAAGGGGCUGUCGCUGCUGCAUCUCUGCUGCGUGUGUGGAGGCAACAAGGCCCAUAUCCGCAGUCUGAUGCAUAAAGGCCUUCGUCCUUCCAGACUGUCCAGGAAUGGCUUCACUGCGCUCCACCUGGCUGCUUACAAGGACAAUGCUGAGCUGGUGACUGCCCUUCUUCACGGAGGGUCAGAUGUGCAGCAGGUGGGAUACGGAGCCCUCACCGCCCUGCAUGUUGCUACACUGGCUGGGCAUCACGAGGCGGCGGAUAUUCUCCUACAGCAUGGAGCUUAUGUGAAUGUCCAAGAUGCUGUGUUCUUCACCCCACUGCAUAUUGCUUGUUACAAUGGGCAUGAGCAGCUGGCAAAGCUGCUACUGAAGUUCGGUGCAGACGUGAAUGCGAGUGGCGAGGUGGGCGACCAGCCGCUGCACCUGGCUGCCGCCAAGGGUUUCCUCAGCAUCGUGAAGCUGCUGAUGGGGGAAGGGAGCAAAACUAAUGUUAACGCUCAAGACAAUGAAGAUCACGUUCCUCUCCACUUCUGCGCUCGUUUUGGUCACCAUGAGAUUGUGCGUUUCCUCCUGCAGGGAAACUUUGACGCCCAGCCUCACUCUGUCAACAUCUAUGGAGACACACCAUUACACCUGGCCUGCUACAACGGCAAGUUUGCAGCAGUGAAGGAGAUUAUACAACUUUCUGGUACAGAGAGUCUUUCAAAGGAGAACAUAUUCAGCGAGACGGUUCUUCACAGCGCAUGCACCUAUGGUAAAGAUCUGGAGAUGGUCAAGUUCCUGUUGAGUCAGAAUGCUAUGAGCAUCAACCAUCAGGGCAGAGAUGGACACACAGCUCUGCAUAGUGCCUGUUUCCACGGCCACAUCCGUCUGGUGCAGUUCUUGCUGGACGGCGGGGCGGACAUGAACCUGGUCGCCUGCGAUCCGAGCAGGUCCAGCGGGGAGAAGGACGAGCAGACCUGCCUGAUGUGGGCUUAUGAGAAAGGUCACGACGCUAUCGUCACCUUACUGAAACACUACAAACGCCCAGAUGACUCCCCCUGCAAUGAGUACUCCCAGCCAGGAGGGGAUGGGUCCUACGUUUCUGUCCCGUCUCCUCUGGGAAAGAUCAAAAGCAUGACUAAAGAAAAAGCUGAAGUUCUCUUGCUCAGGGCCAGCCUCCCAUCUCAUUUCCACCUUCAGCUGUCGGAGCUGGAGUUUAAUGAAAUUAUUGGAUCAGGCUCCUUUGGAAGAGUCUACAAAGGCAAAUGCCGAAACAAAAUUGUCGCCAUAAAACGCUAUCGAGCCAACACAUACUGCUCUAAGUCAGACGUGGACAUGUUCUGCAGAGAGGUCUCCAUCCUCUGUCGCCUCAAUCACCCCUGUAUCAUCCACUUUGUCGGGGCUUGUCUGGACGACCCCAGCCAGUUUGCCAUCGUCACGCAGUACGUCUCUGGUGGCUCGCUGUUCUCCCUGCUGCACGAGCAGAAGAGGCUUAUCGACCUACAGUCCAAGCUCAUCAUCGCCAUCGACGUGGCCAAGGGCAUGGAGUACCUGCACAACCUCACCCAACCUAUCAUCCACAGAGACCUCAACAGUCACAAUAUUCUGCUUUAUGAGGAUGGACACGCUGUGGUGGCUGAUUUUGGAGAAUCCAGAUUUCUUCAAUCUGUGGAUGAGGAUAACAUGACCAAGCAGCCAGGGAACCUGCGGUGGAUGGCUCCGGAGGUGUUCACCCAGUGCACUCGCUACUCAGUGAAGGCGGACAUGUUCAGCUACGCCCUCUGUCUGUGGGAGCUGCUUACCGGAGAAAUUCCCUUCGCUCACUUGAAACCUGCUGCUGCAGCAGCAGACAUGGCCUACCAUCAUGUCCGGCCUCCUAUUGGCUACUCCAUCCCCAAACCCAUCUCUGCUCUUCUGAUGAGAGGCUGGAACGCAUGCCCAGAGGACAGGCCUGAGUUCUCUGAAGUGGUUUCCAACCUGGAGGAAUGCUUGUGCAAUGUUGAGCUGAUGUCUCCAGCCUCCAGUAACAGCAGCGGCUCCCUGUCACCCUCCUCCUCCUCUGACUGUCUCCUCGCACGAGGAGGACCCGGCCGGAGUCACGUGGCUGCCCUACGUUCUCGUUUUGAGCUGGAGUAUGCUCUCAACACUCGCGCCUAUGCCUUCUGGACUCAGAGUGAGCGACGGCGAGCAUCUGGAGGCCUCUCACUGGAGGAACUGAGAAGGAAUAUGCAGUUCUCUCCCAUUGAUCGAAAUGGGUACGUGUCCGAUCCCAUGAGCACCAUGAGAUUCCGCUCUUCCUUCAGCAGCAGUGGCAGCUUCGAGGACAGUAAUUAACCCUGCCAAGACUAUUGAGAAUUCAUUUUUAAAGUAAAACUUUAUAAAUAGAUGGUAAGAGUAGUAGAUAUUGCUGUAGUAGUAUCUGGUCAUAACAUGCUUUAUAUUAAUGGGUUGUUUGUGAAUUUACAGUACAUUCUUCCCAGUAUCUCCAGUCCUGUGCUAUAUGAACUUUAUUUUAUACAUACAUUAACAUUUUUUUAUAGAUUUGCUUGAGGCUUUUAUCUUGUAAAUAAUUUUUGUGUGUACAUGGUUUGCAUAAAUCUGACAUACAAACUAUGAAAGUCACUGAAUAUGUGUAAUUCUUACAA